UUCUUCUCAGAUCUAUGUCCUGCUCGAAGCAGACUUGGAUCCUAUCUAGAUACCUCGAGAUGGCUAUGAACAGGAGCAGUGGCAUAAGACUGCAAGAUGUUAUUUAUGUGUUAAGAAGUUUGAGUAACAAUGACGUGGGACGCUCCAUGCUGUGGGACUACCUCACACAUAACUGGAACAAUAUUUAUACAUACAGGAAGAGUCGGAGAGGUGACGUCAUGAAAAGGGUAACACAAGCAUUUAAUACGAAACAGGAACUGAAAAGGGUCCAGUCGUUUUUGAGGAGGAGGACGGUGACCUUGGAGGGGAACCAGAGGAGCGUCCAGCAGGCAGAAGAGAAGGUCAAGAACAACGUCGCCUGGAUGGACACAAAGUAUGACGUCAUAGUCCAGUGGCUGGAGGAGAACGGCUACUCGAAACUACGGGUCGUUUAA